AUCGAAUGUAUACUUCAUUCAAGCUGAAUUCAGUUUCAUCUUCAUCUACUGCACCACUCCAGUACUCGAGUGCACCUCCGUUGUCUGGACUCUGAACUGUCAUCGAAUUUAUUUUUGUCAAAACACCCAAUCGCACUCGAGGUCGAGUCCUCUGACACCGUCCAUGACGUCAAGCAGCAUCUCAUCUUCGCCGACAAGCAGCUCGAGGAUGGUCGGACACUCUCCAAUUACAAUAUCGAAGGAGUCCACCUUUCAUCUGGUCUUGUGUCUCCGUGGCAGCAUGCAGCUCUUUGUCAGGAACCUCUCGGGCAUAGUCAUUGCUAUACAGGUGGAGUCAUCCGACGUCAUCGACAGCGUCAAGUCAAAGAUUGAUGACAAGGACUCGGAGGGCAUCUCACCAUCCCGGUAACUUCUGUACUUGACGGUGAGGAGCUCGAUGAUGGUAUGGUCGCACGUGUCAAUCCUGCAAUAUGACAGCGCCCUUAUCCUUGUUAACCAAUGGUCGGGCGUAGCCGACUUUAACACCUUGCUCCGGACCUUUAUUGGGAUACUCCAAG